AUGGGGCCCCCGGGCAAUAGGGGAUUAUGGGGCCCCUGUGUCCUUGCCCAAACUCAAAAAAGCCUAUGCAAAAGGUACCGGGGGCAUCUCAUGGGGCCCCCUACUGACCCCGGGCCCUCGGGCAAUGCAAGUUCAUGCACAGAUGUCUAUGCAAGUCGUACCUGAAGUUGAAAAAAGUAGUGCAUGAACCAGGGGUGGACUGACAACUUAUGGGGCCCCUGGGCAAAAGGGGAUCAUGGGGCCCCUGUGUCCUUGCCCAAACUCAAAAAAGCCUAUGAAAAAGGUACCAGGGGCAUCUCAUGGGCCCCCCCUACUGACCCUGGGCCCUCGGGCAGUGCCCGAGUUCCCCAAUGGUCAGUCCGCCCCUGG